GAGACGUGAGUUGAUUUUCUACGGCUGCACACAGAUUGCCACGUUGCUGCAGUUAGAUACCGGACUACGCUACCGGAGGAUGUUUGCCGCUCUCGGUCAUUCCUGGAAGCUCAUCACACAAAGGGUACCGGUGUUUUAGAAUUGUAUCUGCACAAGUCUCCACGCGCGUCUUCUACUGAAGUAAAUGUCUGUCAGGUGAAAUGCUGACUGAUAUGUUAGUAGACGAAGAGUUUGAACUCAAGGAUGAGGAGCCUUGGUAUGACAAAAAGGACCUUGAGCAUGAUCUCCAUUUGGCAGCUCAGCUGGGUAAGACUCUUCUGGACCGGAACCAUGAAUUAGAGCAGGGCCUGCAGCAGAUGUACUCCACCAACCAUGACCAGCUGCAGGAGAUUGAGUACCUGACAAAACAGGUGGAUCUGCUGAGGCAGAUGAACGAGCAACAUGCUAAGGUCUAUGAGCAGCUGGAUGUGGCAGCCAGGGACCUGGAGCAGGGCAACCACAGGCUGGUUCUGGACAACCGGGUCGCGAAACAGAAGAUCAAAAGCCUGACUGAGACAAUCGAAAGUCUUCAGACCCACAUGGAGGACUUGCAGACACAAGUAGAGGAGCUGAGGACCGCUCAGUCAGACCGCAGCAAAAGGGAGCUUGCAGAACAGAGACGCAGUCUCGGAGCACAGAGCGUGUCCUGCCUCAAGGAGCUCUAUGACCUGCAGAACGACAAGUACAUGGCCUAUGAGAGCCUGCGUGUGGAGCGUUCCUGGGCAACAAGGGUGAACUCCCCCCAGGAACCAAACCCAGAGGAGGAGAACUCUGCCCUCCAGCGCUCAGUCAGGACCCUGAAGGCUGCGCUGGCCUCUGAGCGAGGGAAGCGGGAGGCGGCGGAGCAGGAGACUGAGCUGACAGUCAGGGAGAACAGCGCCCUGGAGCAGCGGCUGGCUCUCCUGGAGGGCUGCCGGGCCAGGCAGAGAGAGCUGGAGGCCGAGGUGGAGGAGCUCCGGCAGCUGUGGCGGGCCGACUACGCCAAAAGUGUCCGGAGACCUGACCAACUACUGCUUCCCGACGCAGUCUAUUUCUCCUCAGAGGGGAAACCUAGCCUGGGCCAGAGUGAAGAGCUGGAGGAUCAGGGGGAGCAGGGGAGGUGCAACCUGCAGAGGCGCAGCAGUGAAAGCGCUCUGAGCGGGACGCAAGCAGAGGAGAUCCGUAAGGGGCACGAGCGUACAUGCAUCAGGCGAGCAGAGGCCGUGAAGCAGCGAGGAAUUUCCCUGCUAAAUGAGGUGGACGCCCAGUACAGCGCGCUACAGGUGAAAUACGAGGAGCUUCUCGUGCGCUGCCAGCUGGGGGCAGACGGACUCAGUCACAAGGCUGUGCAGACAGCCCACGGCCUCAACGGCCACCCCCGACGACGGCUCUCCAGCUCUGCCACCUCCACCCAGCUCCCUGCUGUCCCAGAGGACAAUGGGCCACAGCCAGAGUACAAAGCCCUCUUCCGGGAGAUCUUCACCUGCAUCCAGAAGACCAAAGAAGACCUGAGUGAGAACAAGCGGCAAAGUCAUGGACAGUGAUGACACUGUUGGUUCUUUCUGCCCCUUUUCAAUGGGGUUUCUGACUUUUUGUUUUGCCGUGAUAUUGAGUUUGAAGAUGGUGAGCUUAAGACAAUAUUGCUACAGGAGUGGGCCACAAUGAGCCACGUGCACGUGCGUAUGCACGUGCGCGUGAUGGAGAGGUAUGGCUCGCCCAGUAACAUCAGUGCCUCUAACACAACAUGUAGCCUUGUUGUCUCAUGUCAACACAAUCACCGAUAAGCUCCAGUUGUCCAUAACCUCUUCUAAUAUCAUGGGUCCAUAUUUUUGACUACUUUACCAUUCAUGUCUUAAAGCUUUGGCUCCAAAACAUUGAAGUCAUGCAGUGAUAAUGGGUUGUUAAAUGGGGUGAAUAUCAACUUUUCACAUUUGACCGCUAUAAUGCCUCAUUUAGCUCGAUUAGAUAUCACCACCAGUCCAAUAAUGUUGACAACUUGCUUUUUUUUUUCUUUUAUAAUUAUUUUGUCUACUCAUUUCAAGCAAUUGUUGCAAUUCAAAUCAAAUGUGUAUUUUCCAUAAGUUGGGUCUUGGUGCUUAGUAAGUAAAUGCACAGUAUAGGCCUUCAGUGCUACAGGCAGCUGGGCUCGAAAAGUGUUGAUUUGUAACCACAUAUACGACCACCAUACAGUACAGGUAUUCACCUUGGGUAGACUAUCCAGGAGUGUUAUUGGUGGGUCCAAUUAGGUCUGUGGCAGUACUUCUGUUUCUUUGUUCUGGGAGGGAAGCCAUACAUUUUAUGCAUGCUGUGCAUAUUGUUAGAUUGUCUAAAAAUGUAAUUAACUCUACUGUCUCAUGCAAACCAUGUGGACUGAAUGAAAUGUUUAGCAGACUUAACAGACUCUAGGUAAUUAUACAGUGGAUGGUUACGGAGGUUAGGCCUAUAAAAGAUGUUCGCAGCUUAGUAGUCACUGAAGAAACCUGUGACUACAGAAAAUAAAGGCAACCCCAACAUUGCGUGUUAAUAGGGCGUUGGGCCACCACAAGACGCCAGAGUGUUGGCAAAGAUUGUCCUUGUGUUUGGAACUGUUAGGAUGAGACACUUUUAUAUAGUCCAUAAUUGGGUGUUUUGUUGGUGGUGAUGGAAAACAGUGUCAGGCACCACUCCAGAAUUUCCCGUAUGAGUUCAGUUGGUUCAUGGUUUGGUGAUGGGGAUCGGCCUUGCAUAUUUUCAAACAGUGGCAAGUUGACUAGCCUUCGUCACGGAAGCUCUUGAUAAACAUGCCCCAACAAUCACGACUCUUGCUGCUUACAUAAUAUGUAACUGGGUCAGCCCAGAAUUUCUACACAUGACACUUAGUAUGAUGGGAAAAUAAUUCCACAUUGUGUGGAAGAACCUGCUUACAAAAGACUUUGUAUACCUCAUUCCUGUAAGUAAUUACCUGUAUUUGGCUAGGAUGUCAGAACCAUCAGUACUGGCACUAUAAAAGGCCCAGUUUGCGCUUUCUUUUUAUUGUCCUUUGAUGUGUUCCUAUAGCUAUCCUUGCCAACAGGAAACAUCACAGCUUUGCACUUUUUGACUAACAAACAUCUUGUUUCAUUUUUAUUUAUUUUUUGACAAUUAUUUAGAGAUUAUAUGGUAUUUAUUUUUCCUAUGCUAUUAAUGUCUUUUGCCACUGUAUUCCAAGACUAUAAUGUGAUUGAUGCUUUAGCUAAUGUUAAUUCACAGUGGCUUCAUGUGUUUGACGGAAACUAAGGUUCAGAGUAUGUUACGGUGCUACUUAAUUGAAUGCGUUUGAAAUGUAAGUAUAUAAGCGGAAGUGUUAACACGACUGAGAGGUUGUGGAAAGAAUAGAUUAAAUGAUUAUGGAUGCAGUGUUGGAGUUUAAGGUUGCAGCAGUAUAUUGUCUAUCUCCCAGUAAAAUGUGCUUAAUCUCAUGGGUAGAUUGGUUAUUCUCAACUCAGCAGUACUGCUUUAGACUACAAGAAAUGAUGCAGUAGUACAUCAUUAAAUGGGUCAAACCGACUUCACUGAGCUACUUCAGCUAACCAAGAACAAGGUCACAUCAUUACACUAAUGUGUUUUCACCAAAGUCUAAUGAUUCUCAGUGUAUGUGUUUUGGUGGGUGGGUCUACAGUUAAUUUUGUAAAAACAAAAGGCACAUCAGUACAGUAACAGCCUUGAUUUCAAGAUGUUUAGGGAUUCCUAGGGCAGAUCUAGGAAUAUAAAUAAACUGAAUUGUGUCGAUGA